AUGGCAGAUAGUCGACGGCUAGCACUCGAGCGAUGGCGUGAGGAAAAACGUCGACAGAAAGAAGAGAAUAAUGUCCAUAUGACUAGUCAGAAAGUCUCUCGUCCAGCACGUCGUGUCAUUACUCACAGAUCCACUCGAGGACCACCAGAGCGUAUGAAUGUUGUUGAUAAACAGAGAACAAUGUCGCUGAUUACUGCGCGUAGAAUAGCGCGUGAUUUAAACCCAUUGGCGCCAAUUAACGAGCAGGAAAAGGGACAGGAACUGCUGUUCAAGACUCCAGCAAAGACGAGAAGCGAUACUGAAGCAGAGACUGAUAAAACAACUUCUACAACCUCAUUUGAUAGUGUGGAAAGUGGUGUACUAGUGGAUCGAAGGGAAAGACGCAGAAGACGGAGUUACAUCUCUCCAAUCUCCAAUGCACCGUCCUUGGCUGGUGGAGCAAAGCGAGUGCUGACACCCACGCAACCACCAAUGGAAAACGAAAGUGGUGAUGAUGGUGGGAUGGAUGGAGAUACGGAGGAAACAACGCCAAAAGUUGUGCCAGGUCCACGACGUAUUAGUGUGCUAAAACAAGAGAGAAAGAGCGACGAAGCUGCUGAACGAGUAUCACCAUACAAGACAGAGCAGAAAGAGGAAAAGGGACAUAUGUUGUCGCGAGAUACGAUCUCGUUGGGCAGUAUUGGUGCAGUGCUUCGUGUACCGCACCCUGCUGUAGGGAAAGAGAACGAAAUUAAAAGUCAUAAUAGUCUGGAAUUGCAAUCCAGUCCUGCGCUGGGAGAAAACAAAAAACUGCAGGAGCCACUAGCUGUUCGUGUGUCAACCAUAGACGACAGUGAUAGCUCAAACACACAGACGAAGAAUGCGCGACCCGAAGAUGCGCUGGACAAUUUGUCCGAUCGUGUUUCAUCGAAACCAGCACCGACACCAACAAGGGCUAGCAUGGAUUUGGAGGGAUCACGCAAAAGUGUUUCUAGCCGCACUUCACUUGACCAUUCAAAGUCCGUUCAGUCACUUAGCAAGCGACUGGCAGAAAGAUCUAAGUGGGAAGUGGAUGACUUCAUUGUAACAAAGAACUUAGGUCAAGGCAAGUUUGGAAACGUGUAUUUGGCCAAGGAGAAGUGCACAAACGUUUCCGUCGCUCUCAAGGUUCUUUUCAAGUCACCGCUGUCGCGUAACGGAGAUACAUGUAAUCUAAAGCGCGAAGUCGAAAUUCAAGUGCGGCUUCGCCACCCCAACGUUUUGCGCAUGCACGGCUACUUUUACGACGAUUCGUGCGUAUAUUUGGUGCUCGAAUAUGCGCCUUAUGGAGAACUUUACAAGGAGUUAGUCCGAGAAAAGUAUUUUUCCGACGACAUGGCUGCACAUUAUGUGGCUCAGGUAGCUGAAGCUCUAAAGUACUGUCAUAGCUGCAACGUGAUUCACCGGGACAUCAAGCCUGAAAAUCUUCUGCUGGGGUACAAUAAAACCAUCAAACUUGCUGAUUUUGGGUGGUCAGUGCAUGCACCUAGACCGUACAAUUUUCGCAAAACAUUCUGCGGAACUCCAGAUUAUCUGAGUCCGGAAAUGGUGAUGGGAGAGCCAUACGACUAUCGGACCGACUCUUGGAGUCUGGGUGUGCUAACUUAUGAGCUGCUUGUUGGUUCAACACCGUUCUACUGCGCAAAUCAGAUGGACAUGUAUGCGCGAAUCCAACUCGUUGAUUAUCACUUCCCGCCGAGCCCACUGGUUUCUGAUAGCGCAAAAAGCUUCAUUGCCGGAUUACUCAAACGAAAACCGAAUGAUCGAAUGAGACUGGAAGAUGCAUUUAAACAUCCAUGGAUCCACAGUCGCUAUUUGAAGUAA